AUGCCACCUCUCCGACUGAAACGCUUCAAGAGUGGCCGUGUCACCGUCGUCCCAGAGUCAAACAGUCCCCGUGACUUGCAGCAAGCAACAAACGAGGAUAACGAUCAUUGCUGGUACAAACAGCGUAUGCUCAAUUUCUGGGAGGGACUUCUUGCAGCUCUGGAAAGAAUCGCCAUGCUACCAUCGCUCUUGCACUUCGUGCUUCCGUCGUCAACCUCGCGACGUCGCGCGAGGGAUGGACUUCGGACUUACGACCGGACAAUGGACGAUCUACUCCACGAAAUCCAAUGCCUACUGGAGGCACCAUUGGGACCAGACAAGAUGCUAGACAUGUCUGCAAAGUUGCAGGAUCAGUUUGCCCCAAGAAUGCAGUCGAGCGACAUAUGCAUGCUGCCAUCGUACAAUCACAAGUUACCUUCCGGUCUCGAAAAAGGAACUUAUCUCGCUCUCGAUGUCGGUGGCUCUACAUUCCGCAUCGCACUCGUGGAACUGAAUGGCAGACAGCCUGGUGCCAAAAACAUGCGUAUUGUCGUCAUGAAAAACUACAAGAUUGACGAGAAGGUUAGGCAAAAAAGAGGCAAUGAGUUUUUUGAGUGGAUGGCCGAGAAGAUACAGCAGGCGCUUGCAGAUCCUCAACUGAGAUCCUCAACCAGGACUGAGGAGUUUCCCAUGGGCCUGGCAUGGUCUUUUCCUGUCGAGCAAACCUCCAGUCGAAGUGCCAACCUACUAGAUAUGGGAAAGGGAUUUCGUGCUACAGAAGGUGUUCUCGGUCAAGAUUUGAGCGAGCUAAUUAUGGCACCGUGCAGAAAGAGGGGCCUACCAGUACACAUGGACUCCAUCGUCAACGACUCAUCAGCGACCUUGCUAUCACGUGCCUACGAAGACCCUUCAACGCGUUUUGCCGUUAUUUUGGGAACCGGGUUUAACAUAUCUGUACACUUGCCCGUAUCAUCGCUCGCGUCAACCAAGUACAAGGGUUACCCCCAGCAAUGGCUUGAUGAUGCUACUCAUGUACUCGUAAACACCGAGUGCAGCAUGUUUGGCAAACACGUCUUUCCCACAACCAGGUGGGACGAACAGUUGAACGACGCACACAUGCGACCUGACUUUCAGCCUUUCGAGCACAUGAUCAGUGGUCGGUAUAUUGGCGAGAUCGUUCGACUGAUCUUGGUGGAAGCCGUACAGACAGCAGGCUUGUUCAGCGGAGAGAUACCACAUCAAUUAGCUGAACCUUACACCCUCGACACCAGAACCAUUGCCGCCAUGGAGAUGGAUGACUCCAAACACUUGACAAGCGCCGCAGCUCUUUUCCAAUCCAAGCACCCUCUGAGCAAGCCACCCACCUACAACGACAUUCAAUUCGUCCGUCAGGUCUCGCAACUAGUUUCCCAUCGUGCAGCAGCUUUUCUCGCAACAGGUAUCCACGCGUUGUGGGCACUUAGAACGAAAUCAGAAGGCUUGACGCCUGCGUCCGCUGGUCGGAUGAGCAUCGGUUGCAACGGCUCCGUCAUCGAAAAGUAUCCCUUUUUCAGAGAAUUAUGCCAGUCGCAUCUCCAUGAGAUGAUUGCUGCUUCGGGAGCGGAAUCAAACUCUGUCACUUUGGAGGUUGCCAUAGAGUCGGCGAUUUAUGGCGCAGCUGUUGCUGUAUGCUGUCUCGAAGGACAGUAG